UACUUUUGAUUUUUACUUUGUGAUCUGGAAACUGCACCACAGCAUGGCCUCUUCAAAUGGUAAAGGUGAAAAAGUUUCCAAAUUUGAGACCCUGAAGCUCUUGGAGAAAUGCAGAAAGGAAAGAGAUGAUGCCAUGCACAGAGAAAGUGUUCUGCGAGAGAAACUCAGACAGUAUGAGUCCAGAAUGCGUUCCACUGAGGCUCUCAAGCAGAAACUGAAGACUCUGACGACGGACAACAAGGACCUGAGGAAACAAGUGAAGACUCUUCGCACUGAGAUUGGACUUGAGUGCAGUCCCAAGUUCAAUGGAAAGUCCACAAAGGACAUAAUCAACGAUCUGCACGAGAAGGAGCGUGAGUGCAGUUCCCUGGUGGAGAAAGCCGGGAAACUAAGUCUGACCAUUGAUGAUUUGACAUCAGAGCUGGCAAAUACAGUCACCUCUAAGACACUUUUGGAAGACCAAGUGCAGUCGCUGCAACAAAAUCUUAAGGAUAUGACAAAUAAUCAACGUCGCCUGCUGAAGCUGUGGGAAGACAAGAAGGUCCAGAGGGAGCAACUUGCUCUUCCUGCAAUCAACCAGAAACCUGGGCACAAACCAUUUGUCCACAAAGCAAUUCAGACUGAGAUGUCCAUCGGUGCAUCCCAAAAGCUCCCUGUCAAUGCCUUUGAGACUAAGCCUUUCACUAGGGAUAAUGACAAGACCAAAACUGUUCUGGAUAAACACAGUUUUCCAAAUUAUGGAAAUGGUUAUCAUCAUGACAAGAAGGCUUUUCUGCAUGAUGAAACUAAAGGAAUCCAGAACUGACUUGCACUGAAGAAGCCUACUGAACCAAAAGC